ACACUGAGUUAAUUGUAAUCAGCUGUUUUUUGUUGAUAUUUUCGAGGAAAACACAUUUUAUUCGACGAAAAUUACGUUUUAUCACAACUAUCCGAGUAAUAUUACAGCGAAAUGGGAACCUGGGUGCUGGAGGUGGCCAAGAUGGGCAUGUACAUGGCCUUUCCGGUGACGCUAUUCCACUUGUUUAACCAGCCGGAAUACUUUGAAGAAUGGGUGACCAAGAAGAAGCGGGAACUUUAUCCGCCGGAAAGCAAAAGCCACCACGAGGAGCUGCAGCGGGCAAUCCGUGAACACCACGCCCAGCACGACGCCAAAAUGAUGCGUGCUAUGGAGGAGGCGGAGGGCAAGCAGAAGAAGUAGAUAUUUCGUUAUCAACAAUCAUCCGGCUAAUCCCACGUUAUAUAAUCGGGGGCAAGCAAACAACCGAUGCUCCGGAUGGAUGUGACUAACUGAUCUGUAACGACGUAAUAAAAACAUAUUGUAUUUAACCGAACAACACUCGGUUAAUCAUCAGGAAAUAACUAUGAUGUGGCUCCAGGGCUCCACUUGAAAUGCAUUUUGGAGUCCAUUAUCUGGCGAAAACAGCUCGAUUUCAGGCCAAGAGAGCACUCAGUGUGUGGGGUGGCUUGAUAAGGCCAUUACAUGACCAUUGACAUGGUUGCAAGUGGAAUCCACAAGGACUGGGGGCAACUUGAAAUCGCUAUACGAGUGUUCUAUAGUCGAAUUAUUAUCAUUAUCACCCAGUAAUCGCUUAUCUACAGCCAAGCCCGCUCUGCACUGCCCGCCUAUCAGAGGAUCCGUCCUCCAAUCCGUUCGGUGGGCCAUCAAUGGUUCCAUCUAGUUCGCUGAUAACCGAUAGUGCCGCUUGACCGCCAGGUGACCGUUGCGACUUAAGUGUACGUACAGGUAUUCAGCUAUUCUGCGAUUUUGUCACAGUUUGGGGUCCAAUCUGGAU